AUGAUUGCUGCCGCGGUCUUCUUUGUUAACUCCGCCGCGCUGCCGAGCGAGGAUAGGAUGGCGAGCCCGUUCAAUCCGUUUGCUGGCCGCGGCCAGAGUGCCGCAGAGGCAAGCACCUCUGGACGAGGCCGCGGGUCCACACGCGGGUCAAUGAGAGGUGGCACAGAUCGAGGAAAUAAAUGGACUGCACGAGGGCGAGGCAGCGGAAGUCGAGGCCGUGGAGCUGCUGGAACUUCAACAUCUCGUGGGCGCGGCGCGGGCGCUGCUGCCAGAGGCGCGUCUCAUGCAGCAAGCUCGACUACAACUUCUUCGACGGGCGCAAACGUGGCCAGCUCCCCAUUCGCACAGCUGAGCCAAGCCAACCAAACGAACCCUCCGUCCAACGCGUUCGGUCAACAACGAGGCCGGAGCAAAUCACCUAUGGCACCAAGCAUGGGAAUGAGGGGCGGUGCCGCCGCUCGCAACAACACCUUCACCGCCGGCGCAGGUCAACACAUCUCUCGACAGUCGCCUACAAUCAAUGGCCAUGGAAACCUUGGAAAGUCUACAUCCGCAGAUCAUACAUCAAUGUCGGGCUCCUACCAGGAUCGUUACGAGCAGCUGAAACUCGACCGUGCGAAGCAAAGACAACGAGCUAUCAGAGAUGGACAGAUGGCUGAUCCUAAUCAGCCUACGUCGCUGAAGAAGGCUAUUCGGCCUGUGGGCACUUGCGCGAGCAUGUGCCCCGAGUUUGAGCGGGUUGAACGUAUCGUCCAAAAGAUGGUGGAUCGCAGCGAGAAGUAUCUGGAUCCGUCGACGAACACCAUACAGAACAUGGAAGCUAAGAUGCUGAAGCGGUUUCGACGUUCGGCGGCUGGCUACGAUGAGCAACUCCCUUCUGAUAUUCGAACUCCAAAGGCACUGUUGCAAGCGACGAAUUACCUGAUUCGAUAUAUUGUUGGUGGGACUGAGCCACUUGGCAUCGUACACAAAUUCGUCUGGGAUCGGACUCGCUCGAUCCGCAAUGACUUUUCGGUUCAACAAGUGACCCACGAAGCCGAUGUCAAAGUGGCCGUGCUGUGCUUGGAGAGGAUCGCUCGUUUUCAUAUCCUCUCGCUCCAUCUACUUUCUAGUCCCGCGAAUGAGGAGCAGUUUGAUCGCCACCAGGAACGUGAACAGCUCAACAACACUAUGCUGUCACUGAUGUACUACUACGAUGAUAACCGUGGACGCGUGCACUUCCCUAAUGAGGAAGAGUUUCGUGCUUAUUACAUCCUGUUCUCCAUUCACGACCAACGACCUGACCUCGAAGCUCGCGUUCAAAAGUGGCCAACAGCACUGCUCAACUCCCCUCGUGUUCAGGUAGCAUUGGAGUUGUAUGCAGCAGCUUGCAACACAUGGGAAUACCAGGGAACGCUAGACUCCCGACGACCAAACGCCAUUGCGCAAGGAUUUUACACCCGAUUCUUCCAUAUCAUCGACUCGCCCAGCGUGUCAUAUCUGAUGGCCUGCGUAGCCGAGAUCUACUUCAACCAUGUUCGACAGACGACGAUCCGUGCCAUUUGGAGGGCAUACUGCCGAGCCCCAGCAUCGCAGCAGCACAAGAACGAGGAAUGGACGGUGGAACAAUUGACCAAAGUUCUGUAUCUUGACGACGACGAGCAGACCAUCAAGUUCUGCGAAGAGCAGGACCUUCAGUUCGCCGAGAAUUCCAAUGGCCAGAUGUAUCUCAACUGGGGCAAUCGCUCAGUUGACUCUGUUGGUUUCUCACCUUCUUCCGAGCAUGCUUUUUCGGAGACAUACGUGGAGUCGAAGCGUGCUGGUCGAAACUUGGUAGCCGUUGUUCUCGGAAUGUCCGUUCGAGAGGCCGCGGCGAUGGGUAUGAUCGACGAGGCUGCAGUACCCGAGCGCAUGGAAGAGUCCCCCCCACAAGCCCCUACUCCCAUUGAAAACACUCUUUUCGUGAGUGACAAGGACAACACGACUCCAGCCCCUACGGUUGAGAUUACUCCUGCAUCUCUGGAUAGCGAUGUUCCAAGUUCCGCCUCGCCGACGAAGAGCGUAUUCAACCCCUUCCAACAACCGACACCAUCGCCCUUCGCAAAUUCGCAAGAAGUCCCCCAGCCUACAGCACCGGCUAUGACUACACAUCCCCCAAAUCCCUUCUCUUCCAUGUUUGGUGGCAAUGAGGCUGUCAAGGCAGUUGAACCCGGGCCAGUAAACCCAUUCGCUGCCAAGCCUUCAUCCUCGCCUUCUCCAUUCAGCUUCCCGAAGCCAGCCGACGCUACUCAGGCAGGGAGCGUAUCACCGGCUCCUUCAAUCGAUUUCUCGAAGCCUGCAGGUACGGCAAUCGCUAAAGAUGACACGCCUCCAGUGCCCUCUCCAUUUUCUUUCCCCAAGCCAGCGGAGGCGGUCGAAAAGGUUGGGCCUCCUUCAACGGCCUCUCCGUUCGCUUUCCCCAAAUCCACUGAGAUGCCGGCCGAGACAAUUGCAAAGGAGAUCACGCCAUCAGCAUCACCAAAUCCAUUUGCUGCCUCCUUGAAUGCUUUUGUGGCCCCAAAACCAUUAGCAGUAGCCGAGAAUGCUGCGACCCCUUCUGCCAUUGCGAAACCCUUUUCCCCUUCAACGGAGACCUCCGAUGCUGCUUCCGCAAAAGGAUCAGAGAAUUCGACUGUUGCACCAUCCCUUUUCAAGCCAGCCUUCCCUACGCCGUUUCCAAACGCUAUUACCCCCCCACCCACUUCAUCACCCUUCACAUUCCCAUCAACCACACCACCAGCACCUCAAAGCCAACUCCCAGCACCAACUAUUACAGAAACUAGCUCGACUCAGCAAACCUCUACUGUCUUUGAGCCGGCUAAGCCAUCAGGGUUCAUUGGAUUCUCGCAGACAUCUCUGUUCAAACCUCCAAAGGUACCUGCGUCCGAGGAGAAACAGAUCGAAGAUGCCAAAGAGAACUCUAUGCCUAAUCAUGGCCAGCUUCCACCCACAGCGCCAAGCACAACUCCCAAGCUAUUCGGUCCAUCGGCAGGGCCCUCUGUCUUCUCUACGCUCCAGAAUCAGAAACCGCUCUUCCCCUCUCCAAGCCCAGUUGCCAGCGCCGACGCUCCCGCAAGCCCCCCAGACCUGUUCAUGAAGCCUGCAAAACCCAAGCAAGACGAAGUUGUCUUGCAACAAUUCCCACCGACAGAGGUUGCUGCGAAGAGUCCAGAACCAGUAGAGCCCGCCCUAUCUGUUUCGCAGCUAGAGCAAUCGACCACAUCUCUUAGCUCAACCCAGACCUCCGUUGACUCGGAGAAUCUCCAAUGGCGGCCACCUCAGACAGAAGAGGAGGAAAUUGCCCUAUUCAAGCGAAUCAUGAAGCGUGCCGAAGAAAAAGCACAACGCAAGGAAGAGAAACGCAAACGAAAGCGGGUUGUUGAAGAACGCGAGUUGGCAGAUUCAAAGCGCGAAGAACGUCUCAAGGAAUCGAAGGUGUCAGCCCCUGAAGAGUCACCUCCACCCGCCAAGAAAUUCUCGCUCGCCGAGUCUUCCAUCAAAGCACUGCCAACCCUGCCGUGCUUAGAAAGAGCCAAUGCUCUCCUAGCGAAAAGGCCGGCUUCUGCUGAACCAGAUACUGAGGUCGUGAAGAAACACCAGCUCGAGAUUGAUGAGGACGAAAUGCUUCUUAAUUCUGCUCGCAUUGUCGCAGAGCAGUUGCGCACUGGGCCCAAAAUCUUUGAUGAUAUGUCGCCACAAAGCCUGGCUGAAUACAACGCAUACCACGCGUACUGGGAGGACCGGGGCAAGCACCACCGCUCAUACAGCAAUAGCCUCAGCCCUUCCAUCACGCCCUAUGCGCAGAGUGCAUCACCGCCGCAAUUCCCCCGCCAUCCUUACGAGGUCGCGCACGCACCCGACACGCCGUUAGGGCUAGGAAGAACGAUGUCUCGCACUGAGUACCGCAUUCGGAUGACUGGUGGACAUGGGUUGGCGUACAAGCCGCUGGAUUUCUCGCGGUCGAAGAGUCGAGAGAAGGACAAACUUCAGGACAAAGGAAAGGACAAGGGCAAAAGCUGA